AUGAAUAUGGAGACUGAUUUCCCCCACCCAUCCCUGGGUGUCGUGCGAGGUUUGACUUUGCCUUCCACCCGCCAAUUUCUUGGUCUUCGUUAUGCUACCCUGGCUGGGAAAUGGGCGCCACCUGUUCUUUCAGAAGGUGAUCCCAACGGUGUCAUAGAUGCCACAAUCGCGGGCCCCUCUGUCCCAUCACCAUCAAACGGUGUCGACAUUGAGUUUAGUCACAUUCAAAGAGCACUCCCACUUCCCAAGCUCCAGCAGUCCGACACGGAAUGCCUCAAUUUGAACAUCACGACGCCAAAGGCUGCGUCGCCUGGAGACAACCUACCGGUGAUUGUCUUUAUUCACGGAGGAGGAUUUGCGAUUGGCGCCAAUUCCUGGCCUCAGUAUGAUUUCCGGCAUCUUGUUGAACUUUCCGUAAAAGAACAACGACCCGUCAUUGGAGUGAACAUCAACUAUCGCCUUGGGGCAUUGGGGUUCCUGACUUCAACGGAGUUGGUUUCCCACGGAUACAAACCGAAUAAUGGGCUCCAAGACCAACGCACUGCCUUGCUAUGGAUAAAAAAAUAUAUUGUCGGAUUCGGAGGCAAUCCUGAUGAUGUAACAGUUGUUGGUGAGAGUGCUGGUGGAGUUUCCGCAACACAUCAUCUUCAAUCGGAAGUGCCUUUGUUCAAGCGGAUGGUCAGUAUGAGCGGCACCAAUCUACUUAUGCAACCUCUUCCUGAGCAGGUAGCCGAGUUGACAUACAAUGGCAUUAUUAAUCGGCUAGGCCUGGCCUCGUUGUCAACUACUGAACGAGUCAAUGCGCUGGUGCAAAUGGAUACUCAGAAGCUGCUUGAGGCCGGCUCGCCGAAUGAUGCCCUAUUCCCAACAGCUGGAGGGGAGCUGGGCCUCAAAACGCAUUCAUACGCUGAAAUUUACCAAGGCUCCUCUGGCUCCCUUGAUAUUCCAGGCCGUAAAUGGUGUGAGGAAAUCAUGAUUGGCGACUGCCAGAUGGAUGCAAGCAUCCUGUCUAUGAUGCUAAACUACGAGAAAGACGGGAUCGUGCCCACCUUCCGAGAAUCCUUAACACGAUCGUUGGGCUCGGCCGAUAAAGCAAAACAGGUCCUCACGGCAUACGCCAUUACUGAAGAUAUACCCGGUGUGGACGCAUUGCAUGCAAUUCUGCGGUUCGCAAAUGACAUCUCCUUUUUUAUGCCCGUCCUGAAUUACGGGCACUGUUGGUCUGGAAAGGCCUUCAUAUACCACUUCAACGAGCCUAACUCCUGGGAUGGUCCCUGGAAGGGCCAUGCAAAUCAUAUCCUGGAUGUUUCCUACCUAUUCCAGAACUAUAACGAGGUACUUUCAGAGCCUCAGCGUGCCGUUGCAUCUCAGUUUGGGCGUGACUUGAUCGCAUUCUCUAGUGGACAUGCACCAUGGCCCACAUUCAAAUGGGAGACCAAGGAUUUGUACGCUCGCGUAUAUGGAGGGCGAGGUGUAGACACCUCAGGGAAAGUUACGACUGUUCUGGUAUCGGACUCUCGUACAGAACGCAGUGAAACAAUAUUGAAUCUGACGCGGAGUAUCCCAGCGGAUAACUUGUCGAGGGCUUGGGGAAUCUUCAUGGCCGGCCAUUGA